GUGCAUUCUCCCUCUCUGGGUUAGGAGUCUUCUUUUUUCUUGAUUUCCUUUCUUUGGGGGUGAGAUGCCAGCAUGAAAACCCAAGCAUGGAAAGCAAGUUGAGGAAGGAAAGAGUUAAUUGCUUUUAAGGCCCUGAAUAGAGAAUUAUGGUUUAAAAGAUAGAGGCUGGACAGCUGGCUUUGCUGGGGUAUUUUUAAAUGCAUUAAUGCAGGCUCCAAUCACUCGGCCAUGCUUGACCUAUUUUUGGCUCAGGCCGACCAUUGUUCUAUUUCUGUGCCUGUGGGCCAUGCUGUUGUUGAUUCAUAUGCAAAUGGAUUAUCACUAGCUUUAGCCAACUUGAGCUGAGAGAGACUGAGACAGGGAAGGGAGAGAGGCACAGACAGACAGGAGGACACCCUCUGGAGCCACUUGCAGGAUGAGGAUCUCUCCUUGAAACCCUCGAAGUCCAGGGAGCUAGACGCCAGGUUUAAUUGUUUUCUUUCUUUCUGCCCCCCAUGGGUAGAGUUAAUAUUUUUCUACUUAUUCUUACAAAGAAAUAACCCCGAAGCACAUUCCUGUUGCCCACCUGCUUUUAGUUUCCAGGAUAACCUAAAACUCCAGCGAGCUACAGCAUCCACUCUGCUCCUUCUGCUUUGCAUACAGAUGGAGUGGCCGGACGAGAGCAGCUCUUGGCUCAGCAAAGAAUGCACAGUAUGAUCAGCUCAGUGGAUGUGAAAUCAGAGGUUCCUAUGGGCCUGGAGCCCAUCUCGCCUUUAGACCUAAGGACAGACCUCAGGAUGAUGAUGCCCGUGGUGGAUCCUGUCGUCCGCGAGAAGCAACUACAGCAAGAGCUGCUUCUUAUUCAACAGCAGCAACAAAUCCAGAAGCAGCUCCUGAUAGCAGAGUUUCAGAAGCAGCACGAGAAUCUGACCCGGCAGCACCAGGCACAACUCCAGGAGCACAUAAAGUUGCAACAGGAACUUCUAGCCAUAAAACAACAGCAAGAACUCCUAGAAAAGGAGCAGAAACUGGAGCAGCAGAGGCAAGAACAGGAAGUAGAGAGGCAUCGCAGAGAGCAGCAGCUUCCUCCUCUCAGAGGCAAAGAUAGAGGACGAGAAAGGGCAGUGGCAAGCACAGAGGUAAAGCAGAAGCUUCAAGAAUUCCUUUUGAGUAAAUCAGCAACGAAAGACACUCCAACCAAUGGAAAGAAUCAUUCCGUGAGCCGCCAUCCCAAGCUCUGGUACACGGCUGCCCACCACACAUCACUGGAUCAAAGCUCUCCACCUCUCAGUGGAACAUCUCCAUCUUACAAGUACACAUUACCAGGAGCCCAAGAUACCAAGGAUGAUUUCCCCUUGAGAAAAACUGCCUCAGAGCCCAACUUGAAGGUGCGGUCCAGGUUAAAACAGAAAGUGGCAGAGAGGAGAAGCAGCCCCUUACUCAGGCGGAAGGAUGGAAAUAUUGUCACUUCAUUCAAGAAACGAGUGUUUGAGGUGACAGAAUCCUCAGUCAGUAGCAGCUCUCCAGGGUCCGGUCCCAGUUCACCAAACAAUGGGCCCACUGGAAAUGUUACCGAAAACGAGGCUUCAAUCUUGCCUCCCACACCUCACCCGGAGCAACUGGUUCCGCAGCAGCGCAUUCUAAUUCACGAAGAUUCCAUGAAGCUGCUCAGUCUCUACACCUCCCCCUCCCUACCCAAUAUCACUCUGGGACUUCCCUCAGUGCCGUCCCCACUCAAUGUUUCCAAUUCACUCAAAGAAAAGCAGAAGUCUGAGACACAGAUGCUCAGGCAAGGCGUUGGUCUGACUGGGCAGUACAGCAGCAGCAUGGCAGCGUCUUCCAGCCAUGCUCACAUGGCCGUGGAAGGGAAGCACAGCAGCGGCCACCAAGCUCUCCUGCAGCACCUGCUGUUGAAGGAACAGAUGCGACAGCAAAAGCUCCUUGUGGCUGGUGGAGUUCCCUUGCACCCUCAGUCUCCUAUGGCAACAAAAGAAAGAAUUUCACCAGGUAUUAGAGGUACCCACAAAUUACCCCGUCACCGACCCCUGAAUCGAACCCAGUCUGCACCUUUGCCUCAGAGCACACUGGCUCAGCUGGUCAUUCAGCAGCAACACCAGCAGUUCCUGGAGAAGCAGAAACAAUACCAGCAGCAGAUUCACAUGAACAAACUGCUUUCGAAAUCUAUUGAACAACUGAAGCAACCAGGCAGCCACCUGGAAGAAGCAGAGGAGGAGCUGCAGGGGGACCAGUCCAUGGAAGACAGAGCCACCUCUAGUGACACCAGCACUAGGAGCAGCAGUGAUGCUUGUGUGGAUGACACACUGGGACAAGUUGGGGCUGUGAAGGUCAAAGAGGAACCAGUGGACAGCGAUGAAGAUGCUCAGAUUCAGGAAAUGGAAUGUGGGGAGCAGGCUGCUUUUAUGCAACAGGUAAUAGGCAAAGAUUUAGCUCCAGGAUUUGUAAUUAAAGUCAUUAUUUGAACAUAAAUAUGUUGCAGAUUUUGGUAAAUGGUUAUCAUUUCCUAUCAGUGUAUAUCUCUGAUUUUAGUGUUUAAGAAUUCUAAAACAGGUAAAAUGAUUUUUUUCUAUAUAAAGAUCACUCUAUACUGAUCUCUGAAUGGGUAUGGGUAUCAAGGUUUUAUUGAACCUUCACUGGUAAAAAAAAAAAAAAAAAUACCUGUCACACUAAAAUUAUGCUCUAUAAUAUCCAGGUAAUUAAUAGGCUUUAAAUCCAUCUCAAAGCCUGAUACAACAGUUACUUCUAGGGAAAAUGAACUCGUUUUUAGUGUCAUCUGCUGAGGUCUGUGAGUACAGAAUAUAGUCUCCCAGCCUGAUCAAUGAAGCAUUCUAUUAGAUAUGAUGUUUUUUAACAUACAGAAUUCAUUUUUCAUACAACUGUACAUACUGUAUCAUACCAUAGUCUUGAACACUGUUGAAGGUAGUCUGCCUCCCGCCCCCUUUUCCUCCCUUUUUUGUUAAGUAGAAAUGUGGCUCCCAUGCCAGUAGCUCUAGGUUAUUGUGUAGAAUACAAUUGAAAGUCUUAUCAGUUCAGGUGGUUUUUAAGUAGAGGCGGACACUGAGGUUCUCUUUUGAACAUUACAUUAUGUCUGACACAGCAUUGCACAUUUCUCAAACAUUGUGUAAUUUACUGAUGUGUGUACUGAAAAAGAUCAAAUGGAACUGAUGCAAAUGUUAGUGAGAAGUAAUGUGCAACCCUGUGGUCCAAGCAGAUGCUGUGAUGUAUGCACAGCUGCAGAAAAUGUAGUAUAAUUACCACCUGAUAUCAGAUUAAAAUCAGUUUUACAAGAGGGUGACUCAUGUUUAUACUUGAUAUCAUUAGAAUCUCUUGCAUACAGUUCCAUGGCAUAUACCAUAUCAUUUUGACAAAAAAUCUGAAUGUUGGAUUUUAGAGAAGAAUCUGUGUAUAUGUGACACACCUCCAGAAGGACUAUGUCCUUUGAUGCUAUAAAAAUGCAAACAACUUUGAAGGCAACAGAGAUAAUGUUUAUUUAAGUCAGCUCUUUGUCAGGUUCCUGCUGUUCUACAGAAAAGCAAUUCUGUGAAGGGACAGGAAAUGUCUUGUGGAAACAGGAAGUCCAAGUGAUUCAUGUACUGGGGAAUAUAGGAAAAAGAAUCCAAGGAUAGUGUUCUACUCUUUCUGUUUUUCAAGGGUGUUCUAUGAAUUGAUAUAUUGUCUAGGAAAAUCACACCAUGAAUAGGGAAGCCCUUACGGAAGCUAUUUGCUGGAAUAUUUCCUUCAUAUUCCCUUUUGAUAUGUUUGCCUUCUUUUAUGGGUUUACUUUGGUUAAGCUAGUUAAACGUAUGCUGUAUUAAGACCCCUUUAAUAUGGAUAAUCCAAAUUGACCUAGAAUCUUCAUGAGCUUUUGAGCUUUUUUUCAAUUUAAAUAUUUAUAUUUCUUGAUCCAUGGUAUUUUAAGGUGUAGUAUCCUGUUUCAAGGAGACAUAGCACUUUUUGCCAAAUAUAGACAUUGUUUAACUGUAUGUUAUUAGCACGUGUUGUUUACAUUUUGCUGUGACAUUUAAAACUAUAUUUCUUUUAAAAUGUUCCUGCUAAAGAUACAUUAUCCUUUUUUAAAAAGUCUCCAUUUGAAUUAAAUUAACAUAACUAGUGUUAGAAAGUUAAAAGUUUUUCCACAUAAUGAGAGUCCUUCUGAUAAUUUGACAACUCUUUCUAAUAGGUAAUUCUCCCUGUCAUCACUGUGUUUGGGUUAGUCUAUUCCUUCAUAUUAAAAUGACUUCUGUCACUUGUUUUGCAUUAAAAAUAUGGCAUGCCUAAGAUAAAAUUGUAUAUUUUUCCAUCUCAUAAAUAUUCAUUUUCUUCAAAUUCCUUUUUCAAUCUCAUAAAAAGGGAUAGUGCAUCUUUUAAAACACAUUUUAUUUGGGGAGGAACACGUGGCUGAGCAGACUUUUGUAUAAUAUUACUUCAAAGAUAUGUGAUCACAAACAAAAAAAAAACCUAUUUUUUAUAAUGUCAUUUGAGAGAACUUCAUCAGUACGUUUGGUGGACAUAAUUGUUUGAAUUUGAUAGUCUUUGAAUUUAGUCAAGAAACUACCUGGAACCAGUAAAACAAAAAGCUGGACGUAACUAACCUUAGAAUUAACUGAUAAAUGUCUCUUCUAAGAUCUACUGUAUUUAUUAUGAUUUACACCCUUAGAGGUGAUAUCUUGUUUUGUGUUGUAAAUAUAUUGUUUGUAUGUUUCCCUUCUUGCCUUCUGUUAUAAGUCUCUUCCUUUCUCAAAUAAAGUUUUUUUUAAAAGA